AGGUUGCUUUCCGAAUAUUUUCUCAGGUACAGUAAGAGUAAGUAGUAUUGAUUGUGUCGCUCACCCUCGCUCUACUCCUUGUUGCCUGGUUUCGAUUGCUCAUUUUCAACACUGAUAAAGUUAAAGGGAUACAUAGGAGGAACACUGAUAAAGUUAAAGUGAUUAUAGGAGGCUAGACUCGAUCAUGUAACUUGCUUCCCCCCUACUCAUUUGCAGAGCAAUUCAUCGCAAAUAAUUUAAUCCGGCUUUUCUCUUACAUGCUAGUGCUGUAGUGUAUGUGUAUAACUCCGGCCUCCGCCUUUUCUCUUGCAAACUAGUGCUGUAAGUAGUGUAUCUUCCCAGUACAACACCUAGAAGUGCAAGUUCUUGAAAAUGGAGUUCGAGGUUACGAACUUUGACGAAGAGGCGGAGAUAGACGACCAAGACUACGGGUUUCAGAUCAUCGAACCUUUGCGAGCUUCGCGAAGGUCACGGGGAUCCAGGAAGACAGCACGCAAGACAUCUUCGAGGAAGACGUGCAGCUCUCACUCCAACGAUCAUCUUCAAGCGGAACACGAACAAAAGGGUGAUGCUGGGAAAAGCGUACGUUUCUCGAAUAGUUUCGACUUCAGCUCGUUGAAGAAAACGUCGAGCGUUGCAGGUGGGACGAAGUCGAGUGUUACAUUUUCUAGUACUGGUCGUGCAUCUUCUAGUACUGGUGCCUCUUCAACAUCCAUUCCUGGUGUACGUGGUGCAGCAGGCGCGAAGCGAGUGGCGCGGCAAGAGGGCGAAGCUGGUACAAGAGGGUCCGUUGAGCUGAACAACGAAGUGCUAGAGCUAACCGAAGGAGGAGGCGAUGACGAUGGAGAAGAAGAUGAAGGCGCUUUGGAAGAUGCAGAUGUUUUGGAAGAGGAAGUGAAGAACGAUAGUGCUCUCGACGACGAUGACGACACAAGCGAGGAUACGGAUAUCGAGGAGCAGGAGGAUCCCGAAUAUCAACCCCCAGCAGCCGACGUGGAUCUCGAGGACGUCGAAAUUUCCAAGAGCCGAGAAAAAGAGGAGAUGCUGCGACGCGAGAGCCGAAAAAUGAUCGACUUCACGAGACAAAGGGUUAGCGCCAAAGACUCGCCGCCUCGACCACCACUAGCGCUGUCGAUGCGGCUACGGGAAUCGCGGACGAACGAUUCAGUCGUGACACGGGAGCGAUUGUUGGGCUCUGCGUUCUUCCCUGAGCCAGAAACAAAGAAGGAGGUGGAGCCGGAUACUGAAGCACGCCCUGAAGACCAAAAUAAUAACGAGGACGACGAUGAGGAGGACGCCGCCGCCCGUUUGUCGACUAUGAGUCAGAGCAACAUACAGCCAAUCAUCAAGAGUGAUGACGAGGAAGUAGAGGUACGAAAAUCGACGCAGGUAGCUGCUGGUAGAGACGAGAAAGACCACGUCGCUGUAGAGGAUGUAAAGGCGAAGACUAGUGUCAAGACUGAUGCGAGUCGGGAGACAAGCCAAAGCGUUGAUGAUCCGACAGAGGCAAAGCCGGAUGUACAACAACCUGAGAGCAACGACGAAGCUGUGGUUGCAGCUCCUGGCACGGAUCCUCCGAUACAUUUAAUGGGUAAAAAACUUGCAGAAGAAGAAGAAGAUAUGGAUGAUAUUUUUCAGCGUGCUGUGAAGACUCUUGUGCGCAAGGGUCGGAAGAACCUGCGAUCUGUUGAAACAUCAGAGACCUCCAAAAGUCUUCAACAAGGGUCGUCCCUUAGCCAGCCUGUAGGGUCUCUUAGUCAGGAGCCUGUUCCCGGAUCAUCUCCUUCUCCGGUAAGUACUACGCACUUGAGCAUCAAACCCAUCUAUGGUCUUAGCCAAUCGUCUCCUAGAAGCGGGGUGACAGGAAGUGCCCUCACAGACGGGAGUGGAGUGCAUACUCCAAAAAGUACUAGCCAGAGAAGCCCGACAAGUCAGCGAAGUCCCCGAUCGGGUAUGGCUACUCCCAGAUCUCCUGAGGAAGCUACUAAAAAGCGCUUGUCUGUCGGCAGCACUACGACGGAAGAAGCGUUUUUCGCUGCGUGGGGCACGCUGGGGAAUUGGCGGACACGCACGCAAAUGCGGCGCGAGCAAAGAGGACUUCAAAGAACUGAUAAGUAUUCAGAUAAGCAUAAGUCAGUAGACAACGAGGCGAACAACGAACAAGAACAAGACCAACCCCAAACACAAAGCAUUCUUCCUGAUGUAGUACCAAUGUUGGUGGGACCGGAGGAUAGAUCG